AUGACUUUACCUCAAGUAAAAGACACUCAGACAAAUGAUAAUAUUUCUCCAUCCUUAUUUUCGUUAGAUAAAAUCUCUGUACAAACAAUUGUUAAAUCUCAUAGUGAUGAAGAUCUUUUUCAAAAUAAUAAUCAUUCAUCAUUAUCCCUCAAUUGGACUAUUGGUAUGAAUAAUAAUGUACCAUUACUCAAUCUAUCUAUUAAUGGCAAAACUAGAUAUUUCUAUGCUGCUGGUAAUGUUGGUAUUAUAGGAACAGGAAGUGAAAAAACACAAACACUUUUACAAGGACAUAUUUCGAAUAUUGUAAGUGCAGCAGUUUCACAUGAUAAACAAUGGUUAGUAACAGUUGAAUCAAUACCAGAAACAUUUUUAAUUGUUUGGAAUACUUAUACAUUAAAACCUGUCAAAUAUUUAACAAAUAUACAUGAUAUAGGUCUUAUUCGUGUAUAUAUAUCACGUGAUGGAAAAUUAAUUAGUAUAUUAACUGAAAUACCAAAUCAACAUAUAAUACUAUGGCGUUGGUCUAAUAAUGAUGUUAAUCCAAUUGUAUUACCAAUAAUUCCAACUGUUUGUGAACGUCAAUCAUGGUUUACAAUGAUUGAAGAUCGUUCAUAUUUUUGUACUAUUGGAAUAGAUUCUGUUAUUUUUUAUAGUAAUCUUAAAAUUCCUAAUAAAGAUGCUGAUCAUGUUAAGUUAGAAAUUCAUUCUGGUAUACAACAAAAACUUGGUCAACGUAUUAGUUCAAUUAUUUUUUGUUAUAUGAUUCCAGGCAAACGUGAAGCAGUCAUAAUUACAUCAACUGGUAAAGCCGUUUUUUUCGAAGUCGAAUAUGCACAUGCAACAUCAUCGAUUGGACAACGACAACAGACAAUGAUGACAUCAACUAUGAUAGAUCGAAAUAAUGUACUGACAGGCUCGUUGCCAAGUACUUUAUCUUUUCAUUCAUCAAAUCUUUCAUCUUCAAUUGAACAACAAAUCUAUAUGCCUGAAGUAACAAUCAUGAAACGUUUACAUGAUUUAAAACGUGAUAUAACAUGUAUUGAAUGGUUCAAUGAUCAUAUUAUUAUUGGAACAGCUCAAUCACAAGUUGCUGUUUUUGAUUAUAAUUUACAUUUUAUUAAACAAUAUUCAUCAUUAAAUAUAGGUCCUAUUAUUAAUAUUAGUAUCAAUGAAUCUGAUCAGAAUGAAGAAGAAAAAUUAACAAAUAAACCAUGGUCUAAUAAACUUCAUACUAAAAGUCAAUCAUUUGAACUUGAUGAAGUAAUAUGUCAAUCAAAUCAUGUAGUUAAAAUUGUUCAAACAAUACCUAUGGGUCAAAUUACUGACAUUUGUCUUAGCUCAACAUUACCUAUCAUUUAUAUAGGUACUUCAAUAGGACAUCUCUAUGCUUGGCAUGGUGAAGAACGUACUUUAUUUCUUGACAAGUUCAUAUCAACUUCAACUAGUAUUGGAAUAUCUAAAUUGGUUCUUAAUAAAAAAUGUUCACAUUUAGCCAUCGGUUUAGACAAUGGUUUGAUUUGGUUAUAUGAUGCUGCUACAUAUAAUCCAAUUAACAAUCAUCCUUUAUAUAAUUCUCAAUCAUCUGUAACUUUGCUUCAAUUUUCUCCAAAUACAAUUUUUCUAGCUGCUGUUAGUCUUGAUACUGGUAUUACACUUUAUGUUCAAGAUGAACAUAAAUCUCAUAUUUAUCAUAAUCAUGGUCAUUGUAUGAACCAUUUGAAUAAUAUAACUGCAAUAUUAUUUACAGAAGAUCGAUAUACAAAAAAACAACGAUUAUUUUCUUGUAAUAGUGAUGGUUAUCUUAUUGAAUAUUGUAUUGAUUAUCAACGACAAUAUCCAUUUAUAAUACAAACUCAGAUAAAUCUUGUUGAAUAUCCAUCAUAUAUAUCAUCUAUAGUUCUUUAUUCUAUUGAUACAAAAACUGAUUAUCUCGUAUGUUCAAUUAAUAAUGGACGAAUAAAAUUUUUUGAUAUUAAUUCAAAAAAAUGUCGACAUACAGUUCAAGCAUUGCAUUCUUCAUUUCAACAAAUUAAAGUCUGGCUAAAUAAUUGUGAAGAUAUUGUUACUAGAUCUUAUCUUGCUUAUCGAACAUUAAAUAAAAUUGGUGUAAUGAAAUUACCUGGAACAGGUCAUCCAAAUGAAUAUGAUAUUAUUUUAGCUCAUCCAACUGGUGUACGUUUAUUUGAUGUAACAUCAUGUCAUAAUCUUUUAAUUUCAUGUGGUGAAAAAGAUAAUUGUAUAUUUAUAUGGAAAUUUGAUAUGAUUUCAAUGGAAAAGCAUUUAGAAAAUAAAACGUUAGAAUCAAAUUUAGAAUUACAAAAAUUUGAAUCAUUAUUUUAUUAUAUUCAAUUACAGGAUGCAAGUAAUUUAAAAAUUGAACAAGUUAUUUCAUUACCAUUAAUUACAGAUUUUAUUCGUACACUUGGUAUUUAUAUAUCUGAACGUCAAAUACAAGAAUUAUAUGAUGAACAAUGUUUUAAGAAAAAUAUUCUUGAUCCAUAUAAAAUAAAAAUUGAUUUUUAUGAAACAAUUCGAAUUUAUUAUAAUCAUUUUGCUAAUAAUACUCUUCAAACAUCGAUUCAUGAUAUACUUAAAUCAGUUUUUAAUGAAUAUAAAUUAUCAAAAAAUUCUAAAAUUAAUAUUCAUUCACUUAUACAAACUCUUGUACGUGUUAAUAUAUUUUUUUUUCUGUAA